AUGUAUAAUGACUUAGAAAAAUUCAUCUCAUUCACUGAAAGAGAUGGAUUUGAUAAAAAUCAAAAACUUGAAAGUAGUUUAUAUCCAUCUCAUUAUAAAGGAUAUUCAUUACUUGAAUUAUGUUGCUAUCACGGAGCAGUUGAUUGUUUCAAGUUCUUAAGAACAAAAUUCAUCUCAAAAAUAACUCAAAAAUCUCUAGCAUUAUCAUUUUUAGGAGGAAAUCCAGAGAUCAUGAGUGAAUGUUUGAAAUAUCAAAAACCAAAUGAUGAUUGCAUGGAAUAUGCAAUUAUUUCACACAACAUCGAUUUUGUUACAUUCUUGAUGAAUGAAUACAAUUUGAAGAUCGAUUUAGAAUACUGUGGAAUUUUCAAUAAUCUUGAAUCAUUUUUAGUAUAUUUCGUUCAAACUAAUGAUGUUAGCAAUUGCUAUAUUAAUUCAUCAUGGUUCAAUAUUCCAUCCCUUUGCAAAUAUUUCUUUUCACAUGGUGCAUGUAUCUAUAAAAUGGCUAAAAAUGGAAGAAGAGCUCUUCAUAUCGCAGCACAAAAUAAAUGUAAAGAAACCGCCGAACUUUUUAUUUCACAUGGUGCAAUUAUCGAUGAAAAAGAUAUACAUGGUUUUACCGCUCUUCAUUAUGCAGCACAAAAUAAUAGCAAUGAAAUAGCUGAACUUCUUAUUUCACAUGGUGCAAUUAUCAAUAGCAAAAACGAUAAUGGAAAAACUGCUCUUCAUAUAGCAGCACAAUUUAAUAGCAGAGAAACUGCCGAACUUCUUAUUUCACAUGGUGCAGAUAUCAAUAAAAAAGAUAAAGAUGGGAAAAUUGCUCUUCAUUAUGCAGCUAAGAAAAACAGUAAAGAAACUGCCGAACUUCUAAUUUCACAUGGUGCAAAUAUCAAUGAAAAAAUAAUAAUGGAUUCACUGCUCUUCAUUAUGUAA